AUGAGUGUUUCGAAUCGUAAAAGAAGUACUACAGUCUUGCCAUUAACUCCGAUCACCCCUAAUACAGAUUUCAAAUCACAAAAUGAUCAUCCAAAGGUAACCCAACAACGAAAUGAACGUGGACUAGGAAUGUCCCGAGUCUAUAGUAUACCAGCAGCUAUUGUCCCACAAACCUUGACACAUCCUGAUGAUGAUGAUAUUAACUCUAAAAAUUUACCAAAAUCUCCAAAUGAAACUAUUCCAAAAUGGACACAAGUUGGCUUUCAAUCCAUUUUCCAAGGCACAGAGAGAUCAAACCCAAGUCUUAAGUCACAUCAUAUGAUUGUACCUAAUGCUGAUAGUGAUAUUUCAAGACAGAGAUCACCAUUUGCGUCAUCAUCUUCGCAUUCGAAUGAAAGGCUCAGCAGAUAUAACACUAGAAUAUCAGAAAGUGACGAAGAACGGCUUUCCACUAAUGAUAGUAUAUUCACAUUUGAUUCUAGUGUGAAGGAAACAAAAUCGAAUUCAUUAUUUAAUGCUGCUAGAAAGGAGUCUGCUAGUUUUAGUGAGAAGACAUCAAGAUUAUUUAAGAACGGUAGUAGUCAUAAAAAUAAAAAAGCCAUUGGUAAUACGAAUGAGAACAAUAGCAGUAGUAGCAGUAUCAACAGUAAAACAAGUAAUGGGAAACCGAACUCAUUAUCUAAAGUAGCAAGGAAAAUAUUUCAUGGUAAGACUCAUAGACAUAUACGGAAAGAUGAAAAUGAGUUGGCUAUGCCAAGUUCAUUCAGUAAGUUUCUACAUUCAUCUAUUGGUAAGCAUAAAUCUCCUGUUCAAUUCAUUCAUAACACAAAGGGCGCUCUCGUAGAUUCAGGGAAAUCCGGUUAUUCUUUUAAUCCUGGAAGUAUGGUCAAUAAUACUAAUGAUGUAUCAAUGUCACUUGAUGAUGAGGAUAGUUUUGACUCAGCUAAUGUUACAAUCUUACAUGAUUUUUUGAAAAAUUUAUCAUCUUUGGAAAGUAAUUAUAAAUUAUUCAAUGCUCAAGAAGUACACAUAUUGGCUGGAAAUAUCUGGAGCAUAUAUCGUAAUGUUGUUGUUGAGUUAUUUAAAGGUCGGAAACUUUGGCAUUUAGAAGCUAAAGUUGAAGAUAUCGAUAGGAUGCUUGAAUUUUAUCUUGUAUUGAGAACAGAAAUUAAGAAUCCAUCAUCGCAUACAAGACUUCUUAGUGAAAUUGAAGAAUUAAUAACAUCGUCAUUGUUUAUUUUCGAAAAUCAAAUUGUUUUCAAUUAUAAUAAUGAGAGUGCAAUGAAUUCACCAUUGAAAAGAUUAGGUAUCAUAUGGAGAAUAUUUUACGAAGAAGUUUUUUAUGAUGUUACGGCAUGCUUAUUACCUUUGGAGAAAAGUUUUGAAAGGAAUCCAAAAUAUUGGCUGGAUAUAUCAUCUGAUAUUCAAUCGAUUAAUCAUUUGUUAUUGAAAGGUUUCCGUGAUUCUAUUGUUCUGCCAUAUUAUCAAAAUUUUAUUCAUAGCCACGAAGGAGCUAGUAAGAGUUUCCAAAUGUAUAUAUUCAGUGAAGAGGAAGAAAGCAGUAUUUCAGAACAAGAUAAAUUGACGCUUUUACAGUGCUUAGGAAUAUUAGGGACGAUACAAGGGAAAGAUAGAAAUCAAAUCGUCAUUGAAGAACUAUUAGAAGGUGUAAGGAUGAGUAUAUAA